CAGACAGAAAUACAGUUACUUGGUCGCAUCGAAGAAGAAAGCUACCGAAGAGACAGAGAAGCCUCCUUCAGUUAUUUGGAAGCUGAGACGAAGCUUGAUCGGCUCCGUUUACCAUGAUUUAGUAUUUUGACGUUGGUUGACGCUGGGUGAGUGCAAGUUAAGGAGAUCGGUCUAGCAAAGGUAGCUAGCUCUGAUCGAUGGAGCACCUGCGAGAGAUCGUAGAAGAGGAGGCCAAGGAACCACCUGACGUGCACAAGCUCAUCCUCUCUGAUCCGAGUCUUACCCGAGAUGUUUCGACUCGAGGCAGAGAACGAGGCAAAGUCAGGGCAACAAGGGUGCCAAGCAGUGCUUCGCUGGGUGCCGCGAGAUCCCUUGUUGGGAAGCUAGACAUGCUGCAUAUAGCUCCCCCUAAAGGAUGCUCCUCUGGGAGGGUCAAUGAUGGGAUACGCCUCCUCAAAGAUGACGUCGAACAGUUAAGCUCAUACCUUGAUGAAUUGUUAGAGGUGGAGGAGCUUCCACCGACAGCCAAGUGCUGGAUGAAUGAGGCCCGUGACCUAUCUUACAAAAUGGAGGAUUACAUCGACAACUUAUUUGUUGCCAACAAUACUAGAAUCCUCCGCAAAUUCUUCAAUUACGUCAAGACUCCAUGGGAGCUCAAGCGAACGGUGUAUAAAUUCAGGAUAUAUGUCCAGGAGGCAAUUCAACGGUAUGAGGUGUACGUUCUAUCAUAUUUCAACGUCAAGAACAGCUUGAGGCAUAGAUUUGUGUCCCUUGGUCCUAUGCUUCCAACGCCAUAUGAAGACAUAGUAAUUGAUGACCAGAUAAAUGAAGUUAUCGGCUUAUUGGCUAACAAUGAAGACCAGCAGAUCAAGGUGGUAUCUGUUCUUGGAUCAGCUUGUCUCGGUAAAACUACACUUGCUACAAUGGUGUACAAUAAAAUUGGGAAGCAAUACAGUAGUCGAGCUUUCAUUCGGGUGCCCCGAAAGCCUGAUAUGAAGAGUAUUUUCCGUGACAUACUCUCGCAACUCCAGCAGCAGCAGCAUCCGCCGGAAGAUUGCAAGGAAGUUGACCUCAUUGACAUGAUCAAGGAAUAUCUACAAGACAAAAGGUACUUAAUUAUCAUCGAUGACGUAUGGACUGCAUUUGUAUGGGAUAUUAUUAAUCAUGCUCUUCCAAAGGGUGGUCGUGGCAGCAGAAUAAUAACAACUACAGAGAUUGAGGACGUUGCAUUAACAUGCAGCUGUUAUCAGCCGGAGCGUGUUUUUGUGAUGAAACCUCUGGAUGAUCAUCACUCAAAAAAGCUAUUCUUUAGCAGAGCUUUUGGCUCUGAAAGUGAUUGUCCUGAAGAAUUCAGAGACGUUUGUACUGACAUUGUUGAAAUCUGUGGUGGUUUGCCGCUAGCAACAGUCAGCAUAGCUAGCCUUUUAGCAAGCCAGCCUGUCAUAUCAAUUGAUCUAUUGAAGUACAUCCAUCAGUCAUUAAGCUCCCGUAUCUCAUCAGCAAGUUCUACUUCAGAGAGAACGAGACAAGCACUGAAUCUGAGCUUCAACAAUCUCCCUAAUUAUUUGAAGACAUGUUUGAUGUAUCUUAGUAUGUAUCCACAGGGCUAUAAAUUCUGCAAGGAUGAUUUGGUGAAGCAGUAUGUGGCUGAAGAUUUCAUUGAUACUACAGAAGGGCAAGACAUCCAUAAAGUUGCAGAAAGCUAUAUCAAUCAACUUAUUGAUAGAAGAUUUAUCAAGCCUGUAUCUAUGAACUACAAUAAUGAGGUGUUAUCCUGUGCAGUUCAUGACGCGGUACAUGAUCUUAUUGCAUACAAGUCUGUAGAAGAGAAUUUCAUCGUGGCACUAGACUACAGCCAAAAGAAAGUGCCAAUUUCACACAACGUCCGUAGACUAUCUCUCCUCUUUGACAAUGCAAGAUAUGCCAAGAAACCAUCAAACAUCAAAAGUUCACAAGUUCGGUCACUUGCUUAUUCUGGAUUACUCGAGUGUAUGCCUUGUAUGAAGGAGUUCAAGCUUCUUCGUGUUUUGAACCUUCAGUUAUUCAGCCAUGGCCGCCGCGGCGGUGACACAGUAGACCUCACUGGGAUUUCAAAAAUGUUUCAACUGAGAUAUUUGAAGAUUACAUGUGAUGUGUGCAUAAAACUGCCAAAGCAGAUGGGAGUGCUGAGAUAUUUGGAAACACUGGAUGUUAGGGAUGCAACAAUCACCGAUGUUCCAUGGAUCCAUCUGCCACACUUGUUGCACCUUAGUCUUCCUGUCGAGAGACAUCUGUUGGACUGGAUUUUCAACAUCGGGUUUGUCAGUCUGGCGACCCUUGGUAAAGUGAACUGCCUGCAGGAUCUUCAUCUUACCAUUCCUUCUGUGCCUCCUUCCGACAAUCAAGAGAGAAUCAUGGAGGCUCUGGGACAUUGUUUAAUUGGAGGACAUGGCAACCUGAAAACUUUUGUAGUGGCUCAUGGAUAUUCGAUUAAGAAUGGCGCCCUUGGUGGCACUUCGAAAGUAGCCGUUUCAUGGCAUAACAUGGCACCUCCCCCUCGUCUCGAGAGAUUUGAAUGCUCACCGCAUAGCUGCAUCAUAUUUUACAAGAUUCCUCCGUGGGUUAAAAUGCUUGUCAACCUAUGCAUUCUGAAGAUCGCAGUGAGGGACAUGCAGAUGAGUUGUGUUGAUAUCCUCAGAGGAUUGCCCGCCCUCAUUGCUCUGUCGCUGUAUGUCGAGACGGCGCCGUAUGAGAAGAUCAUCUUUGACAAGUCUGGGUUCUCUGUUCUCAUGUACUUCAAGUUGAGGUUCAUGAGUGGUAUUGCUAGGAUAAUUUUUUUGAAGGAUGCAAUGCCUGAUCUCUUGAAGCUCAAACUAGGAUUCAAUGCCAUCCCCCAAGUGGAUCAAUAUGAACAUGGUAUCAUCAGCAUCGGUCGUAUGCCAAGCGUUAAAGAGAUCUCUGCAAAAUUUGGGGGUGCAGCUUCUGAUGGAGUGUAUGACUUGGUUAAAAAUCAUCCGAGUAAUCCUAAAGUCAAGAGAUCACCUGAUAAAAGUGAAGAAACAGAGAGCCCACCGCCAGGGAUUAUUGAUGUAAAAAUCUUUACCCUGUACGAGCUCAUAGACGCCACCAGCAACUUCUCUAGGAAUAACAUCCUCGGCGAGGAUGACUUCGGCCACAUCUACAAGGGCACCGUCGUUGGGUUCGGCCCCAUCGCUGCUGUGAAUGGCCACAAGUGGACAACAAUGUACCAGCAGACGGACUUGCGGGAUCUCGGGAUGAUGCAACAUCCUCAUCUGGUGAGGCUGCUGGGGUACUGCUACCAAGACGAGCACAGGAUACUCGUCUACGAGUACAUGCCCAAAGGCAGCCUCAAGCACCACCUCUUGGAGAGUAAGCAUGCAUAUCCCCCUGUGCCAUUACCAUGGUCGACACGGCUCAACAUCGCCGUCGGAGUGGCUGAGGGGCUGGCUUUUCUGCAGGAGCAUGGCAAGCGGAUAUCCUACAGUGGUUUGAAAGCCUCCAACAUUCUGCUUGACUCGGAUUACACAGCCAAGCUGUGGGGCUUUCGCCCGGCGAUGGACGGCGGUGUGCGGAAGGAUGGGGCGUACAUCUUGACGGCAGAAAGAGAUGUGUACUACUUCCUGGGUGUGGUGCUCCUAGAGCUGCUGUCUGGGCAGCCGUGCAUGGACAAGAAUCGAAAUCUCGUCCAGUGCUCGCGCUCCUACAUGUACCUGCUGGACACGGGCCAAACGCGCAAGCUGCCCCGUAGCAUGGAACCCACCAUAGAGGACAAGCUGCGCCGUAUCAUGGACCCGAGCCUGGAGGGGCGGUAUUCGUCAUCGGCAGCGUGGAGCACCGCGCAGAUGGCGCACCGGUGCCUGCAUGACGAGGAGCCACCGAGCAUGCACGAGAUCCUGGACGCCCUCGAGCCGCUGCUCGACGAUCAUGCCAAGGACGGGCCGAGGCCGAGGAUUGGCAUGCGACCGCCAAAGGAAAGUGUAGCCAAACGGCGGCCGGUUGGGGCAGUGCAAGGGAGAGGCAAAGCUAAGCAGCAGCAGGCUAAGGAGGUGGACCAACCAACAACGAGGGCUUCUAACUCUGCUGUCACUCCUCCGAUGAUGCACUCAGCUCCUCAAGGAAGCGAAUGAUAAUGACAAUGCAGUAUCUAUCCAGGCUCCACCAACCCGUCAACUCUAAGUUGCUAGCUCCGACAGUCCAUAUUUAUAUUUGUAUCUUAUCAUAAUUUGGAAUGCACCAUGUUUACAUACAUAAUUUCCACACCAUUGUGCGCGAUGAUCUCUUCGUCAGCCGACCUCGUCUGUGUGCCGUAGCACAUUCCUGUAUGUUAAGAUAAUACUACGUACCAAACAUCAAGUUCAGCCUUGCCCUCUAAAGUUUAUGUUGAAGAUUGUUCA